AUGAGAAAGUUACUUAUGUUCAUAUCUAUGAAGAUGCAGAACCGAUGGAAAAAGAUAUUCUAUGAGCAUAUGGAACAGAAAAUAGUAACGGUGGGAAAGCAUGAUGUUAAGGUGGUUAUGACGGACUCUAAUGCACAAAUGUUAGAAGAUUUGAUUUCAUUGGGAACUAAUCUUGAAGACUGUUGGUGGGAUCCUGAACACAAGACAACCUUGUUACAUAUUGCAGCAAAGAACAGUUUCAAAAUGGUGAAGCACGUCUUAUGCAUGCAAAAGAAUCCAGAUGAAUGGAAUAAUGAUGGUCAGACAGCCCUCCACUGUGCAGCUCUUUCUGGCCGUGCACUGACUGUGAAAUACCUCUUGGAUGAGGGCCACAUUCCAAUUGAUCAAAGGGACAGAAAUGGCAAAACUUCCCUCAUGUUGUUAAGUUCCAUGGGAGACUGGGGUUCCUGGACUCCUAGGAUGAUGGAAUUCUUGAUACAUGAAGGUGCUGAUGUAAAAUUAUGUGACAAUGAGAACAGAACAGCCCUCGAACUAGCUCUUCAGUCUAGGGUAUACUGUGCUGCAGAAAUUUUGGAUCUGGAAGAGUGGGUUCAGACGUGA